AUGCACCUUGCUCGACAAGAUGCUUUGGCACCCUAUUCCGGAGGAAGGUCCCGACCCAGAACCCGGGGCUACGUGACCGUCCGCGAACCUGCCAAAGGCUUUUUCAUUGCAGGUUCCAACAUCGAUGACAUGAAUGGAAUUUAUGCAGCCAUACGGCCCGACAACAUCAAAAUCCGACGCAAGGUGCAAGUGGCAUAUCGUAAUGACAGCAGUGGCUGGACCAUGGCACUUGUGAAGGCACCGCCGCAGACGGCAAACCAGAGACGCCGCCGACACUUGGACAAAUCUCGCCUCCCUGCUGGGGUCCUUCCGGAUUCGUCUGAUGAGUCAGACGAUAUGGGCAAUGACAGGUUCGAGUGGGUGUUCAUAGAUCCGUUGAGUCGUGAACGAUUUGCCCACAAAGGUGACACCAUCAUUCCAGGAGCAGGGCUCCGAUGGUGGCACCUCCAUCGAGAAGCCAGCAGCUACAGCAGCUACAGCAUCUCCAAAAAGGAUCAUUUGCCUCAACUCUACUGGCACGAAUGCUUGGAAGAUAACGAUGAUUUCGAGACGGCUGAUGAACAGGAGGAAUCAAUGAAGUGUCGCCCAUCUCCGAAAACACACGUCAGCAGCCAGGCCGCCUCAACGGAAUGCAGGGCGAUUGUGGAACCGGUGAAGGAUGAUGAGGAUGAGCUCCCUUGGCAAGUGAUCGCAAUACUUGACACCAGUGUCAUCCGCGACCUGCGCUACAGCUACCGUCGCUACGAAAGGACCGUGGCUGCAGCCAGGGCAGGCACGAAUCUCCCGAAGCCAGGUCCCCACACGCUAGAGUACUGCUGCCAACAGUCACGGUGCUGGGUCUACAAGGUCCUUGCCCCAGGAGGUGUCAUCGUGCGCACGCAGCCCAAGGCUUCGGCCAGAUCAUGUGGGCAACGAGACUGUGGUCAGUAUGUGUGCGGUACGGAAGUCGAAGGUUUGUGGCUCCACCUUGCACCGUCGCGUCGCUUGACAGACAAUGCGGACACUGACUCGGAAGAGCAGGUUGAUCAAUGGGUUUGCUUGAAGGAUAAGGGCGGAAAAGUUCUUCUGGAGGCAGUUCACGCCUCUAAUGUGGGCAGCUUGGCCAGCUCCAGAGCUCCUGUGGAGAACGAUCCGCAGGCAGAAAAAUUUGACCGACCUUUCGAACCUCGUUUGCAGGCACCCGGCCACCAAGCCCCAAGCGCGGUGAGCGAGGAGGGUGAUGAAUGUGAGACGCUGGAUAUGAAGACGUUUGAGGAAAAGGACGAGCAUUGCUCAGAAAGUGUUGAAGAGCCUGUCGAGCUGUUUGUUGGCUGCGCCUGCGUCUUGCAGGCCCUCGCAGAAUCCAGCAAGAAUGGCCAGGCUUGCGUCGUCUGUAAGUUACCUCGGGACGAUGGCCGCUGCGUGGUACAAAUGUCUGGGACCCAAAGCAAGUUGUCUGUGAAACCAGCAAAUUUGCGUCCUUUGAAGCGACCAAAUGAAUCAGAGCAGAGCUAUUGCGCCAGAACCCUCGGAUUGACUCUGAACACUUUGGGGCUCGGCGGGGGCUCAGAUGUCGCAGCCUGUCUGCAGAGCGUGGGUCCUGCGGAGAUCUUAGCGGCGGCCUUGCGAGCUGCUCAAAGAGACUUGUCGGAUGCGCCAGACGUCCUCAUUGAGUCCCAAGAAGCCUACGACAAGUUGAAGUCGAACCUCGCCUCCGGUGACGGCCAUGACGGCCUCACUCCGUCACAGCCCUUUCCUCCCCAUACACUUGUCGAGAACGGGUUGCUUGGCACAAGGGCCGCGCACGCAGCGGCAAAUGCUGCAAGUCAGCAGUCGAUCAAGACAUUGGAGGCAGGGAUCGCGGCUUUGCGGCAGGUGCUAAGUGAUGAGCAUCGUCGCUUGGCACGGGAAGCAGGACUUGCAUGGCCUCUACCCGCAGCUGGCAAAUUCCCCUCUGAAGGGUCGGAUGCUUUGCGCUUGCGACUUACUUUGGUCAGGGCAUUGCUUAGAAGUCGCCAGGAAGAGCAAGCUGCCCAGGAGGCUGAGGCGUGCGUCCGUCGUCAUCCACAUGGUGCAGCUGGCCUGCUUUGGGCAGGACGAUGUUUGCUUCGCAUCGGCCGGCGUGAGCAGGGAAAGAAGUACCUGUCGAUGGCGGAGCAUGCAGGGCGAUCCUCUGGGGCAGAUGGUGCUUGGGGGGUCCAGGGUGCAACCAUGCGGCUGCAGGCGCUUGCAAAGGUCGAGCGUUGCAAGCUGGCAGCAGAAGAUGCAUACGCUUAUGGAGACUUUCAGACGGCUGCGGCGCGGUACGGGGAAGCUCUAGUGCAUAGCCCUACUGAUGACAAGUGGGGCCGAGCCAUGCUGCAUGCAGCCAGGGCUGCUUGCCAUCGUCGUGCACGAGAUUUUCGCCAGGCAGUCGAUGACUGCGACGCAGCGCUGGCACUCUUCCCCAACUAUGCUCGGGCACUUUUUCGACGUGCGGCCUGCUUGAUCGAGGCAGGUCGGCCAUCCGAGGCCAUCAAGUCUCUGGAAGGCCUCCUCAAAAUUGAUAGGUCCUGGCCCAACUUAAGCGAUUGGUUGGUUCGAGCACAUGCUCUUGCCAAGCGCCUGGAGAGCAGCACUUUCAAGGCAUCCUGGAAGAAAAGUCGACGCUCUACGGAGGACGCAGGCGCACCCGAGGUGGGCUCCUUAGGUUCCGAUCUUUAUGCUGUGCUAGGCGUGUCUGCUGAUGCCACAGACCAGCAACUGAAGCGUGCCUACCGCCUCAUGAGCUUGAAGUACCAUCCGGACAAGCAGGGCGGUUCCACUCGUGAUUUCCAAAGGAUUGCCACGGCUUACGAGACCUUGUCAGAUCCAGCUAAGCGCCAUGCCUACAAUGAGGGGGCAGAUUUGAAGAAGAAGGAUGAUGAUGACAGCGACGAGUCCGAACGUGACGAGAAAUCCCUGCGUGAGGAGGUUGAGCGGAAGUACUUUCCGGAGCGGUUCAAGUAUUGGCCCUUUGGCGACCCCUUCAUCGAGAAGCGCAAGUUGCUCGCUCAGCGGAGGCAGGCAGAGCAGAAGCUCCUCGGAUGUCCAGACCAACACCAGACCGAGACGAUGAUGCAUAGCGGCAUAGCCUGCGUAGCGGCUUGGUGUUCCCUGCAUGUCCGUGGCACAUCCGUCCAAUUGGCACUGGAAGAUGGCACGCCCCUGCGUCGUGGGAACGAACGAGAUACCACAACGAUAACAUAUGGCACCGGAAAGUUGACUGGCGAGUACAUCCGCGACAUGCUUUGCCUGCGCAAAGGCAAGGGAAUGGUUGUCGCUCAGAACUCCGUUUGCCUAAAAGUAGACUUCCUGGGUGUGACACAGGAGUCUCGGUUUCCAUUCACAGAGCUUCCGUUCGAUGGAAUCUUUGGCCUGGGAUUGGGUGGACUAUCCGCCGGACCUUCCUUUAACUUUGUCAACAGCUUGGUGGCUGCCAAUCAGACGGUCUGGAAUCCGACAUUCGCCUUCUUCCUCCGGGACCUUGACGCCGAGGAAGACAGCGAGAUCACAUUCGGAGGGUAUCGCCAGGACCGUCUACAAGGAGAGGUUACAUGGCUUCCGGUUCCAAAGCAGGAGGCAGAUGAAAAGGGCUACUGGCUCGUGACAAUGCGAGACAUUUAUGUGGAAGACAAAGCUCUUCACCUUUGCGACACAUCUGGCACCACAGCUGGCUGCCAGGUGGCCAUGGACACGGGAACGGCACUGAUGAUGGGCCCCCGGCGAGAAGUUGGACAGCUUCUCAGUGCUUUAGGAGACUGCAAACAGCCAGGGCCCAACGCAGGUUUGGUGGAAAAUCGCAGAAAGCUCUCUAUUCUGAGAUUGCGAUUGUUGCCUGUUUGUUGCCUGUUCCGGCUCAUGCUGUGGCAGAUUCUUAGGGUCACGCUGUAUGACGCAAAUCCAAGAAGAGUUUGGCACGGUCAGACGCACUGGUACUGGUUACUGGAUCAGGAAAUGCCGAACAUUCCUGAACUUACGCAACAAUGGACUAAGCUGCCCCUAACAUCUCCAACAUUGCUUCCGAAAAUUGCCGGUAGCGCAGUAUGUGCAGCUGCUCCCCUAUGCUCUGCAAUGCAGAUGGAGCGCUGGGCAUCGGGCCGUCGCACCAGGCCCUGUUUUGAGACCUGA